AUAAAUAUAAACACAAACGUUACAUAACAAUAAAGCAAAGAAAAGAGUUUUUCAUUUAUCAUCUCUAAUUUACAAAACAUUAGUUGCUUUCUAUUGUUGUGAUACAUUGAUCAUGGCCAAGAUAUCAUGUUCUUAUUUCCUCAUACUCAUGCUUGUUUUGUCAGUUUUUUCAGUUGUUGAGAAGGCUAAGGGAGAUAGACGUUGUACUCUAAUCAUUGAUCUAUCUCCAUGUUACCCUGAUGACUGUCGUCUAAACUGCUAUGCGGAGCGCAAUGGAGUUGGAGAAUGUAUUGCAUCCAAAGUUGGUAGUACUUUUAAUUGUGUGUGUACUUAUGAUUGUUAACGAGUAAUUUUUUAAAUAAUAAUAUUUUAUAAUUAAUAAAAUAACUUUCUUAAUCUUUUUUUUUAACGCGUAACUUCCUUAUUCUAUAUGACUAAUUCUAGAAGUUCUUCGGUCCAUCUUAUAUAUAUGAUUGAAUGGUUAACUUUGAAAAUAUUCAG